AUUAACCUGGCCCCUCCCCCAUUAACCUGGGCCCCUGGGACAUACCCCCAUUAAUCUGGGACACCCCCCCAUUAACCUGGGCCCCUGGGACAUACCCCAUUAAUCUGGGACACAUCCCUCAUUAGCCUGGGACACCCCCAUUGACUUGGGUCCCUGGGACUGAGCCCCAACUGAAGCCCUCGUAUUGUGGAUACACUGAUCCCUCUAUAUCUCCCCCAUGCUGGAUUCGUCUGGGACACAACUGCUCCUCACACACACUGACCAUGGGGGAUUUCUAUGAUCCAGAAUACCCGACUGAGUCAGGGAUCGAUGAGAUCUCGGCACAGGAGGAAAAUCCGAACUCGCUAGAGGAACCCCCUGCUUACCAACAGCCUUCUUGCCUGGACCUCAACAGUGAAGAAGAGAAUGAGGCCAAAAAUGAAUCCUCUCUGGGUAAAGCAUCAUUCAGCAAGGCCAAUCCCUUCAAGGGGCUCUCUUCAAGCCGUUUUUUACCAAAAGGAACUAAAGCCAAGGUGAACCUUGAGGAACAAGGCCGGCAGAAAGUCUCCUUCAGCUUUAGCCUUACCAAGAAAACAUUUCAAAAUAGGCUACUGGGUUCUAUUGGCAAUGACAAGCAGAAUGAAUCACAAAGCCAGAGCCCAGCAGAACACAUAUCAAAACUUAAAAUGGACCUUAAUGAUUUCACUGAAGAAAUAGAUGAGCAACCCAAACCCAAAGUAGAACUGGGCAAAAUUCAUUUCAAAAAACACCUUUUGAGUGUUACUAAUAAGCUACCAGCACAACCACCCCCUCCUCUACCUCCUACAGCCUCAUUACUAGCACCAACCUCCCCUGUGGCAUCAACCCAAGCAACACCAGUAAUACAACCUUCUUCUCCAGAGCAUGAAGUAGCACCUGCAAUAUUUACAUCGGGUCUAUCAUCGACAAAUGAAAAAUCCCCUUCUGUUGUCCCCUCCGAGACCACACCAACAAAAGGCAUGCAAGUGACUUCUGAUGCAAAGGAAUCGUCCAGAUCAUUGAUUGAUUCAAAACUGGACAAAAAAGAGAACUCUGAGACCCAAAGCAAUCAAAAAGUGUCUGAGGAAUCUGAUUUAUCAUUGCUAACAGAAUCUUCCCAUAUUGGGAAGGAUGAAAAAAGUUCAUGUAGUUCACAAAAAGCUACAUCCAAUCCUAGUCCAGAAAAAUCAAGUUCAAAAUCCAAGUUCCCUCACUCCGAUGGGGUGGUGUUGGGCUCAGAAUCAGACGAGGACUCAAUUCAAACCUCUUCGAGCCUCAAGUCCCAUGACUUAAAAGCGGCUACAAGAGACUCAAAAAGAAGCUCUGUGUCUCUGAGGAGUGAGGAUUCUGGGAAACACUCUUCCUUACGAUCAAGAUGUACAAAGGAUGAGAAAUAUUCUAAUUAUUCCAGGUCAGAUAGAGAUUCAAGAUACACCUCUACACACUCUAGGUCUGAUCGUGACCGAAGGCGAACUAGGUCUCGAUCCAGGUCGCGAUCUAGGUCAAGGUCUGACAGGGGCUCCAAAAGUAGCUCUUCUUAUUCUAGAUCUGAACGUUCACAUUAUUAUGAUUCUGACCGUAGAUUCCAUAGGAGUUCACCUUACAGAACCAGGUAUUCCCGCUCCUAUGCAGACAGCCGAACAAGAGACAGCUCUGAUUCUGAAGAUGAUCAUAGGAGAACCCAUUCCAGAUCUAGUGACUCUAGGCAUCUGUCAUCCUCUCAUUCCUCUUCAUACAGAGAAUCGAGAACUUCAUCAUAUUCUAAAUAUGACAGAGAUUCAAAGGGAGAGCUAUCUUAUGAUUUUGAUCGGAGGGGUAGGGACUCCAAUAGACAUGAAAGGGAUUCAAGGAGAUCUUCAGAAAAAGAAACAACUAGAAAAGCCUCUCCUAAAAAGACUUCCCCUAAAAAAGAAGCAGAAGAAAAAAGAGAUUGGUCACAUUCCAAACCUGAUAACAGUGUGAACUCUAGUUCCAAAUCCAGCUCAAAGCAUGAACAUUCAAACUCUGUGACUAAAACUUCAAAAUGGGAUUUGGAAAAGAAGCCAACCCAUAAUGCCAUUGAGAAAGAGGAGCACAAAAAGGGGAAAGAUGAAGUUCUAUGCUCCUCAAAUGUUUCUGUUAAAAAGACAAGUUUUCCAGAUCACCAGCAAACUUCUCUUUACUCUAAGCACACUGAAAAAUUCUCAUCCACCUCACCAGGUUCAGAGUUCAGAGAAGAGAGAGACAGCAGUCAUCAAUCAUCUAAGAUGUUGCAGGCUGCAUCUGUAUCAAAGUAUGAUGAUGAUGAUGACGAUGAUAAACACCAUAAAAGUCCUUUCCAAGGAGUUUAUAAUCUCUCUCCCAGUGAAACAUGGGAUUUGGUAACACUCAGUACCACAGAAGACUUGGAGCCAGAUGAGCACACUACCAGCUCUGAUAACUGUAAAUCAGAUGUACACGGUAAUGAAUCUGAUGACUCGCAACCCAGUCCGCAUAAAGUCACUAAGAUGCACACUAGAACUAAUAAAGCCAGUGAAGAUUUGCAGGCUUGUAAAAGUGAGUCGCCACUCAAAUUUAAGAUCCGGGAGUUGCAUCCAAGGACCCAUAAAGUUAGUGAUGAUUGGCUGUCAAGAACACACCAAAUGCGUGACGACUCACAUCACAGGACACGUAAAGCAAGUGACGACUUGCAAUCCAGGACCCGCAAAGCUAGUGAUGAUUUGCAUCCUAGACCUUCUAAAAUAAGUGAGGACCUACAACUAAGAAUGCAAAAAGUUGAGGACGACCUGCAGCCUAGAACCAAUGAAGUGAAUGAUGACUCUCAACACAGAUGCCUUAAAAUAAAUGAUGGUGUGCAUCACAAACCCUGUAAAACAAGUGAGGACUUGCAGCUGAGAACCUAUGUCAGUGAGGAUUCAUGGACUAGAACUAAUAGUGUCAAUGAGGACUUACAGCUCAGAUCUCAUAAAGACAGCCACAACUUGCAACCCAGAACCCAUAAAGCCAGUGCACACCCACAAUCGAAAACCCCUAAACUGAAUCAGGAGCCGCAGCCCAGAAACCCUAAAGGGAGUGAGGAGCCGCAGCCCAGAAACCCUAAAGGGAGUGAGGAGCCGCAGCCCAGAACCCCUAAAGGGAGUGAGGAGCCGCAGCCCAGAACCCCUAAAGGGAGUGAGGAGCCGCAGCCCAGAACCCCUAAAGGGAGUGAGGAGCCUCAGCCCAGAACCCCUAAAGGGAGUGAGGAGCCGCAGCCCAGAACCCCUAAAGGGAUUGAGGAGCCGCAGCCCAGAACCCCUAAAGGGAGUGAGGAGCCGCAGCCCAGAACCCCUAAAGGGAGUGAGGAGCCGCAGCCCAGAACCCCUAAAGUAAGUGAGGACCCACAGCCCAGAACCCCUAAAGUAAGUGAGGACCCACAGCCCAGAACCCCUAAAGAAACUGACAAAUCUGUUAAAGUGACUGAUGACCUGCAACAUAGUUCACCUAAUGUGGCUAAGGACGUGAGUGAGAACACACACCCAGAAAUCCUUAAAGAGGGCAUAGACCUACAACCCAGAACUUCUAAAGAAAAUGAUGGUUCUCAAACCUGGACCCACAAAGACAGCAGCAAUUUACAUACUAAAACCCAUGCAGUUACAGACUACUCACACACUAGAGAUUUUACCGUCACUGAUGGCUCCCAGGCCAAAACUCGCAUUGGUACUGAUGAUUCUGAACCCAGCACCAAUAAAGGUUUUGAAAGAAAUCAGCCUGAUAGCGUUGGUGUCCAGGUUCCAUGUGAAGAAUCAGUCAUUCCUCAUGAUUCAAAUGAAAUUAAAGCUUCUAUUUCUGUAGUAGAACAACCAGAGAUAUCACUAGUAAAAUGUGAAGACAUUGAAGUAAUUCUAAACAGAUGCCCUCCAAGAACUUUAGAAACAGAUGCAUCUGAAACCCUCAAAGAUAAAUAUUUGGAGCAUGUUCCUAAACAUGAAAGUUGCAGUGCAAUAACUGAAAGCCAAAGUGAAUUGGCCUCAGUUACAAUUGAAAAUCCUGUCAAAGAAAAGCAAAUUGAAUUUGAGACAGGCCAGAAAGGAGCAGCUGAAGUUCUGCUUAAGAAAUCCUCAUGUUCGAGUGAAGACCUUCAAAGCCAAGUAACAUGUCUCCCACCAGAGGUAAUUUCUAUAUCGCAGGAAACCACAAUUUCAGUGGCAAUACAAAUUAGUGAAAAUAAGGAUGUGGUUCAUGACCGUGAUACACAAUGCAAUGUAUCCAUUGAUUAUUCGCAAUGUAGACCUACACCACACAUUCCUGGCAAAGAAAGUCUAGAUGAAGCUACUUCUAUAGUGAUCCAGGCUACUGAAAAGAAAAGUAUCCACAAUCUUGAAGGUAUCGUCCAGCAUAGUAAAGCCAUAGAUGAAGAAGCAACAUUUGACAAGGAGGAGCUCAUUCAAUCGGAGCUGGAUCUUGAAAGCUGCAACCAUAAGACCCAACUUGACCCAACAGAAUUACUUGCCACCAAACACACAGAUUGUAUCGGUGCUAUCAAUGAUUAUUACUCCGACUCAGAAGAAAGUGAAAGUGACACAGAGGACACCGAUUCAGAUGAUAGCAGCCUGCCCAGAAAUCGUUUACAAUCUGUUGUUGUGAUCCCCCAAAAUUCCACCUUUACAAAUGAAGAACCUUGUCUGUCUCCUUACCAGAGCCAGCAUGAAAGUCAAACCCUCUCUGACAGCUGUGAAACUGGCGUAGCACAACCAAAACCUAUUUCCGUUAAGGUUCAGCAGAACUGGGCGUUACAAAAAAGAUGCAGUCCUCCAGCUAAGACAUUAGUUGAGACUGUAGACGUUAAUCCAUCGGAGACGCUUAGGGAAUCAGUCUCUCCGCAGCAACAAAGUGUUGGUGUUGUAAGUACCAGCCAGGCUGAAGCUACUGCACAUAUAAGUAGUUGGCAAAUCCCCACAAAAUGUAAAGCAGAACGAGAGACUCCAACAUCAACAAACAGAAUUGAACCUCAAAAAGAGAAUGAAAAAGCAGAACCAAUCCAGCCUUCUACCUUUCAUCAUUCAUACCAGCAGUCACCUUCAAGUUCUGCUAAGAAACCAGACAUAGUACAGGAAAGAGUACAUAAUGAGCCUCCUAAAAGGACUGGAGAUUUCUCAAGAAGUGAUGGUUUCCAGUCAGCAGAAGACUUAUCUGGGCUUGGCUGGGACUUCUCCCAGUCUGAGAAACCUAGUAGUACAUACCAGCAACCUGACAGCAGCUACCUUUACACAGAUUAUCAUUACCAGCAAGCCUUCGGUGGCUCUCACGUUUACAAGAAAGACGAUGGUUAUUGGAAUCCUAGAGUUUAUGAUAAAGGUGCUCAAGUAAUGUACAGCAAACCUCAUGGCCCUACUCCAGACUCUGUAACACAUUGUUACGAUGAAGAUGACGAUGAUUUUAACUGGGAUACUGACCAUGGACAAGCCUUUCUAGUCCAGUCAGAGGUGCCCUAUAAUGAAUCUGGCUCAGUGCAAGCUCACGAAAUCAGCAGCAACUCAUCAAAGACGAUGGCAGUUACUCCUAAAGUAAUCCCAGAACAGCCAGCAAAGGCAACGGACAGGUCCGACAGGGAACGAGGGCCUCCAAAAAAAAGAAGGCAAGAACUAGAGAAUGAUUUGGAAAGCGAUUUGGAGGCUCUGGAGAAGAAGCAGAAAAUGGAGGGUAUCUCCACACCAUCAAAACAAGAUGGCGGGAGCUACUUGUGCAGCAUGAAUGAUUUUCGGGACUCUCAGUACUGGAAGGAUUCUUCCAGGCAGGGUAAAAUGCCCCCCUUCUUUGACCUGAUCGAGGAAAAUGUAUACUUAACAGAAAGGAAAAAGAAUAAAAGCCACAGGGACAUAAAGAGGAUGCAAUGUGAAUGCCCUGUCCUCUCCAAAGAGGAGCGAGCCCAGGGGGAGGUGGCUUGCGGAGAGGACUGUCUGAAUCGGCUACUAAUGAUAGAAUGCUCAUCGAGGUGCCCAAAUGGGGAGUACUGCUCUAACAGGAGCUUCCAGAAAAAACAGCAUGCUGGAGUGGAAGCUAUCCUAACUGAGAAGAAGGGCUGGGGUCUCCGAGCUGCUAAAGACCUCAAACCGAACACCUUUGUUCUGGAGUAUUGCGGGGAGGUCUUGGACCAUAAGGAGUUCAAAUCCCGAGUGAAGGAGUAUGCCCGCAGCAAGAACAUCCAUUAUUAUUUUAUGGCUCUGAAGAAUGAUGAGAUCAUUGAUGCAACUCAAAAAGGGAACUGCUCUCGUUUUAUGAACCACAGCUGUGACCCCAACUGUGAGACACAGAAGUGGACAGUGAAUGGACAGGUCCGAGUUGGUUUUUUUACUACGCGAUUAGUGCCUGCCGGGGCUGAGCUGACGUUUGACUAUCAAUUCCAGAGAUAUGGCAAAGAGGCCCAGAAGUGUUAUUGUGGUGCCCCCAACUGCAGGGGCAUUCUGGGAGGAGAAAACCGGGUCAGUGUUAGAGCGGCCGGAGGGAAGAUGAAAAAGGAGCGGGCACGCAAGAAGGAUAUGGUUGAUGGGGAGCUGGAGGCCCUGCUGGGAAAUGGGGAAGGUCUCUCAGACAAAAAUCAAGUGCUCAGCUUAUCUCGGCUAAUGGUCAGGAUUGAGACCAUAGAACAAAAACUGACCUGUCUUCGAUUAUUAAAGAACACCCAGUCGCAGUCCUGCCUGAAAUGGUUCCUUGAUUGCCACGGCUUGUCUGUCCUGUGGAUCUGGAUGGCAGAGUUGGGAGACAGCCGGGGCAACACCAAUAACAACAUUAAGCUGCAGCUAGAGCUCAUCAAAACCUUGGAAAUGCUGCCUAUUCCUAAUAAAAAUAUGCUGGAGGAGAGCAAAAUUCUUCCGAUCAUUCAGCGUUGGUCCCAGAUAAAGACUGCAAUCCCUCAGUUGAGUGAAGGAGAUGGAUACUCGAGUGAAAAUACUUCCCGCGCGCACACACCUCUCAAUACACCAUCGAACUCCUCAGAACCAGCGGCCAAACUGAGCAUUGAGAUGGAAGGAGAAACUCCCAAAAAGCUUGUGCUCCGCAGGCUUAAAAUUAUAAGUGAGAACAGCAUGGACAGCGCCAACUCUGAUGCGGCCAGCGAAAUAGAAGUGAAGGACGUGCCGGAGAAAACUGAAGGGCCAUCCACGGUUGAACUGAAAGAUGCUCCCUCGGCCAAACAGGAAGAGAUUAAAGAGGAGUUUAAAACAGAAGGUGGGGCACCUACUACAAUGAAAGAGGAUCCAGCAGCCACUGAAGAACAGAAACCAGUAAUUAAAACUGAGGGAGACCCAGGGCCAGAUACAUGCAAAUCAGAGACCCAGGAUGCGGAGAAGAAAGAAGGCAACGGAGGGAAGGUGGAUGAGACCUCUGCUGUGGAAACCCCAUCGCAAGAUGAAGAGGAAGGGCUAUCUGAUGUGGAGAGUGAGAGGAGCCAGGAGCCUGCAGACAAGAUUCUGGAUAUGAGUGAUCUGGCUACCAAGCUUCUAGACUGCUGGAAAGAUCUGAAGGAGGUGUAUCGCAUUCCAAAGAAAAUUCAAGUGGAGAAGGAGAACCAUGAUCGCUGGAGAGACUCAUCAGGCUCCACUUACACAACUCCAACCCACAAGAGUAGAGAGCGAGAUCUGGACCGGCAGAGCCAGAGGAAGCGCAAGCAAUCGCCAUCUCCACCAGCAUUUUAUGGUUCCAAGCGGGUAGAAGACAGUAGGUAUGACACCCCGACAUCCUCCAAGAAGAAGGGGCGGCUGCAGGACCGUAACAAGCUGAGCACGGAAGAGCGCAGGAAGUUGUUUGAACAGGAAGUGGCUCAGAAAGAGGCUCAAAAGCAACAGCAGCAGAUGCAAAACAUGGGCAUUGCUUCCCCCAUGCCUUAUGAGUCUAUUCCCUAUGGUGCACAUCCUCCUCCUCCUCCUCCAUUCAUUGCUUAUCCCCAGGGGUACCCUUUGCAGCCUUUUCUAGAUCCCACAAAUCCGAAUGCUGGCAAAGUGCUAUUGCCAACUCCACCCCUGGACGCUAUGCCAUCUCCAAACAACUUUGACCCUUCGCAGGGGAUGCUGGUUAAUCCUGGUCUGAUGCCUCCCCAACCGGUUUCUGUGGUGCAACAUGCAGCAACCCCCAUGGACGUUCCUACACAGCAGUAUGUCCCCCAGGGAGAAACCAUGGUCCCUCAGGAAACAAAUGUGGCUGUUCUUCCAGUGCCUGCACCUACCCCUGUGCCCUCUCAGAGCUAUGGAGUUUGGGACCCCAAUCAGCAGGCAGUGACAUUGCAACAAUCCCAAUAUCCACCUGCACCUUCACAGGCAGCUAUUUAUUACCAAGGUCAGACUUGCCAGCCAAUGUAUGGUGUGCCAGCAGCCUAUGCACAGCCUCCCCCACCCGUUCUACCGACCUACACACAAGCAGGCUUGUCAUACCUCACAGGCCAGCAGAUCUAUGCCCCUCACCCACCUGGCAUGGUAUUGCAGCAGGGUCCUGCAGUGACUACCAUUGUGGCUCCCGGACAACCUCCAGCAAUGCAGCAGCCCGAGAUGGGGAUGGCACCAAGCAAUGUGAUGGAUCUUCCUCCUCCAUCACCCCCCAAGCCCAAAACCAUUGUUCUCCCUCCUGGCUGGAAGACUGCCCGGGAUCCUGAGGGCAAAAUCUAUUAUUACCAUGUAAUAACAAGACAAACCCAGUGGGACCCGCCUGCUUGGGACAGCCCAGGGGAUGAUAUAGCCGGCUUAGAACAUGAAGCAGAAAUGGAUCUAGGAACCCCGACUUAUGAUGAGAAUCCAAUGAAGGCGUCUAAGAAAACCAAAACAGCAGAAGCAGAUACAUCCAGUGAGCUGGCGAAGAAGAGCAAAGAAGUAUUCAGAAAGGAUAUGUCCCAGUUCAUCGUACAGUGUCUGAACCCCUACAGGAAGCCUGACUGUAAGAUGGGAAGAAUAAACAACACCGAGGACUUUAAGCAUCUAGCACGCAAGCUGACUCACGGGGUCAUGAACAAGGAGCUGAAAUACUGUAAGAACCCAGAGGACCUGGACUGUAAUGAGAACGUCAAACACAAAACCAAGGAGUACAUCAAGAAGUAUAUGCACAAGUUUGGUUCUGUUUAUAAACCCAAGGAGGAUAUUGACAUUGAGUAGCUCCCUCCCCCCCAUAUGAACUGAUCGGUCUCUGUAGAGGGGGGGCAGUUCUUAUUUUUACAGUGUAAAAUAUUCAGAGUAAGCCGCGGAUUCCUGUUGGUGCACUGCUUUUUUUUUCACGGUCCUUAAACUCGUGAAUUUUUUUUUUUUAAAUAUUUUUUACUACAAUUUGCAGCUCCCCCCACCACACUGGAGCUGCUGGGAUUUGGACAGUGCUAACUACUGGCAACUGCAGACUUCUCAUCUCUACAUGGGGUCGCUGAUGAUACCGGAACCACUCUUUCCUCUGUGUCCCCCCCAGUUCCUGACUGUACAGCGCAAUAAAUUGUGGGCAUCAUUUUUUUUUUUUAAUUUUUGUUUCUCCUUUUUGAGAAGCUGUAUUAUAUUUUAACAUAUGUGAAUAGGAUGAUCUAUAUAAAUAUAUAUAAAUUACAAUCGAUCAUGUACUCACAGAGAACUCUGCCUGAGGAGUGCGGUUAUCUGCAAGGAGUAACCAUGUAAAUAGGAUAAUGCCGACAGCUCGUUGUGGCUUUUUUUUUUUUUUUUUUAUUUCGUCUCGACUCGCGCUACGUUUUUUUCCCCGGCAGUUUGUGCAUCGUUCAUUAAUUUUACUGCCUAUAUCAUUUUACGUACGAAUUUUUACUGAAUUUUUUUAUGUAUAAAAGGAAAAAAAAAAGAGAAUAAAAUGAAUUUGCCUACAA